AUAGACGUGACAGGCAGUCGUACAAAGACAAUAGCUGGCAAGAGCGCAAGGAAUCCAAAUCUGACAACUUUGACAAACAAGAUCACAACAAAUCACGUGAUGAUCAAAACCGCAAGGAUGACCGACGGGACACGUCCAAGGACCGAGUCCACUGGGCCGGAGAACCCGAAGAGAUACCAUCUGGUGGCUCGCCGUCGGAAUCGACUUCGGAGUCCGAAGGUUCGACAUACGAUUCAUACUACAUCCUGGACAAGAACCUGACUUGCAACCGAUGUAUGGUUGCAUUCCGAUCCACUGAACAGCUUCAAAAACAUCGCACUACUUGUAAGGCAACGAAACAAGUUAAGCGAGAAAGACUGUACCCGAUAUGCUCUCCAAACACCCCAGACCGACGAACAUGCGGAUUCUGUCACUUUACGUGCGAAUCACGAAACAAGCUGUUCCAACACCUUGGAAAUUGCAAAGACGCCAAAGUUGGCAACAUCAAGCCCAAAGAGUUGGAACAGAACACGGUAAAGGAUCCAGACAGCCAGCCUAGGAUCAAGGAGGCGCCAGCCGUCGACUUCCAGGACAGAUCAGUCAUGAGCAGAUACACCUACCUUAGAGUAGAAGCCAGUGCUUUACCAACAGCCGACAAGGUAGAAGUAUGCCUUGAUCCCGGCACAGGUAGAACAAUUAUCGGGCGCUCCUACCUCAAGACACUGAAGCAUACUAUUGAAAACCGAAGAGGUAUGGUCAAAGGCAUUGGCAAGAAAAGCAUGAAGGUAACCGAAUGGGCAACCUUUACAUUCUAUCUGCACGGUACAGACGAAUCGGGACCCACGGUCAUGAAGUUCACCAAAUCAGGAUGGGUCGUUGAGGACGACCUCGAACCCAACAUGCUUGUCGGCAAUGAUAUGCUUCAUCCACACGGAGCUAACAUCUGUUACGAAAAUUUUACCGUUACAUUUACCCACCUGUACAAAUUCACCGUCGAUUUUGAAGUCAAAGUCAACAGCAAUGCGUGCAUACGUAAGGUUACGACUAUUA